GCCUAGCUUGUCGACAGCUUGCUUGGGCGACAAAACGGCGCAUAUUUGAGGCCACACGGGCGGUGCCGAGCCCUCCUGACACUCAUUGCUCGGCUGCGACUACUGCCGCGACUCGUGACGCGCAGCUGAGGCACACUCUCCCACACUUGUGAGAGCACACUGAGGCACGCGGAGCGAAACCAUGCGCUGCCACUACGAGGUCCUAGGAGUAGAGAAAGACGCCGACGACGCGCAGCUCAAGAAGGCCUACCGGAAGCUCGCCCUGAAAUUGCAUCCGGACAAAAACGUGGGAGACGCGUCGGCCGCGGAAAAGUUUAAGGAACUCAAUGCUUCGUAUGAAACGCUGACGGACGCGACGGAGCGACGAUGGUACGACGACCAUCGAGAUGAUAUAUUAGCUGGUAGGGACUUGAAUGAUUCCUCAUCCGACGACGACUUCAGAGAGAGAAAAGGGACGAGACUCAAAAAGCGGGAGGUCAAUUUGUGGCCCUACUUCAAUUCGAACGCCUUCGAUGGGUUUGAGGGUCCUCAAGGCUUCUACGCGGUUUAUGGAGAUGCCUUCCGGCAAGUCGAGGAGUCGGAAGAACGAAGUGCGGACGAGCCUGAGAUGAGAUGUGACUUCGGCGACGCUUCGUCGGAGUGGGAGGCCGUCAAGGCCUUCUACGACAAAUUUGUCGACUUUCAAAGUCAAAGAUCAUUCUCGGCUUACGACAAGUAUCGAGCGUCGACGGACGAGGGCCGAAGGAUGCGCCGCGCGGUCGACCAGGAGAAUGCCAGACAUAGGAGACAAGCGAAGAGUACUUAUCAAGACAUGGUGCGGCAAUUAGCAUUAUUUGUAAGGAAGCGGGACCCGCGCGUCAAAAAACGUAUGGAGGACGUGGCGAGGGAACGGGAGGCGAAAAGAGCCGCAGCAGAGGCGCUGAAGUUGAAAAAACGCCAGGAGAACCUCGAAGCGCGGCGGAAGUGGCGCGAGCAGGGCCCCGUGGACGACGGCUACGAGGCGCGCCAGGGCGUCACGCUCGCGGAUCUGGACGAUAAAAAGGAGAAGGCUACUACUACUAUAUACUCAUGUGCCGCGUGCAAGAAGACCUUCAAAUCGGAAAAGCAGUACGCGAACCACUGCCUUUCGAAAGCUCAUAAAAAGAAGGCUGGUAGCUCUGCGCCGCCGCCUCCGCCGCCGCAGAAGCCGCGUGUCGACUCGUUCGAUGUGGGAUUCUUUUCCGCUACAAGUAACGACGCGGCGAUCGCCGCGGCGCUCGAGUCUGAUGAUGACGAGGAGGACGUCGACGCCGUCUUUGAUGGUGGCGACCCCGACGCCAUCGCCGCCAUGAAGGACCGCCUCGAGGCCGCGGCGGCGGCGGCGGAGGCCGAUGCCGCCAGCCUGUGGACCGCCGACGCCGCCGAAGACGACGACGCGACGUCCUCGGACUCAGACGGCGCGUUCGUGAACCCCUUCGCGGCCGCGGCGGCCGACACGUCGGACGAGGACGACACGUCGGCGACGUCGAGCGACUCGGAGGUCGAGGCGCCGGCGCCGGCGCCGCCGCCGGCGCGGAAGCCGCGCCGGCGCAAGGACAAGGACAAGGCGGCGACGGCGCCGCCGCCGCCGCCGCCGCCCCAGCAGAAGAAGAAGAAGGGCAAGAAGGGCCGGCGGGGCGCGGCCUCGGACGACGACGUCCCGGCGAUGGCGUGCACGGGCUGCGGCGCGACGUUUCCCUCGCGGUCGAAGCUGUUCGCGCACCUCAAGGCGAAUCCUGGGCAUGCGAAGCUGAAGAAGUAA